AUGGCCAACAUGCUGCUCGUGAUAGUGGCACUCACCGGCGUUGCUGUGGGGAAAUCCGCAUGCACGUCCAACCGGCCCCAGAUGAAGAGCUGCGGGGCGGAGUGCUUCAGCCACAGCGACGUAGCAUCUUGCUCAGCCGACUGCCUGGAGCAGAAGGGUGAAAGCUCCGUUUGUGCGCAGUGCUAUGGUCCCAAGAUCCAGUGCUCCAUCGAGAAGUGCGUGGACAAGUGCAACGACGAGUUCGACUUUAACGGGGACUGCCAGGCAUGCAUGAUGCAGACGUGUAACUUUGCUACCUCUUGCACCCCUGACAAGUCCGCGCCGGCACCAGUGGAUGCUUCCUUGCUCAAGGAGCUUGUCACCCUCGCCAAGACAAAGGACCCUGUUGCGGAGCCUGCGGCGGUUUGCGUGUCCAACAGGCCCGAGAUGAAGAGCUGCGGGGCGGAGUGCUUCAGCCACAGCGACGUGGCAUCUUGCUCAGCCGACUGCCUGGAGCAGAAGGGUGAAAGCUCCGUUUGUGCGCAGUGCUAUGGUCCCAAGAUCCAAUGCUCCAUCGAGAAGUGCGUGGACAAGUGCAACAACGAGUUCGACUUUAACGGGGACUGCCAGGCAUGCAUGAUGCAGACGUGCAACUUUGCUACCUCUUGCACCCCCGACAAGUCCGCGGCGGCACCAGUGGAUGCUUCCUUGCUCAAGGAGCUUGUCACCCUCGCCAAGACAAAGGACCCUGUUGCGGAGCCUGCGGCGGUUUGCGUGUCCAACAGGCCCGAGAUGAAGAGCUGCGGGGCGGAGUGCUUCAGCCACAGCGACGUGGCAUCUUGCUCAGCCGACUGCCUGGAGCAGAAGGGUGAAAGCUCCGUUUGUGCGCAGUGCUAUGGUCCCAAGAUCCAGUGCUCCAUCGAGAAGUGCGUGGACAAGUGCAACGACGAGUUCGACUUUAACGGGGACUGCCAGGCAUGCAUGAUGCAGACGUGCAACUUUGUUACCUCUUGCACCCCCGACAAGUCCGCGGCGGCACCAGUGGAUGCUUCCCUGCUCAAGGAGCUUGUCACCCUCGCCAAGACAAAGGACCCUGUUGCGGAGCCUGCGGCGGUUUGCGUGUCCAACAGGCCCGAGAUGAAGAGCUGCGGGGCGGAGUGCUUCAGCCACAGCGACGUGGCAUCUUGCUCAGCCGACUGCCUGGAGCAGAAGGGUGAAAGCUCCGUUUGUGCGCAGUGCUAUGGUCCCAAGAUCCAGUGCUCCAUCGAGAAGUGCGUGGACAAGUGCAACGACGAGUUCGACUUUAACGGGGACUGCCAGGCAUGCAUGAUGCAGACGUGCAACUUUGCCACCUCUUGCACCCCCGACAAGUCCGCGGCGGCACCAGUGGAUGCUUCCCUGCUCAAGGAGCUUGUCACCCUCGCCAAGACAAAGGACCCUGUUGCGGAGCCUGCGGCGGUUUGCGUGUCCAACAGGCCCGAGAUGAAGAGCUGCGGGGCGGAGUGCUUCAGCCACAGCGACGUGGCAUCUUGCUCAGCCGACUGCCUGGAGCAGAAGGGUGAAAGCUCCGUUUGUGCGCAGUGCUAUGGUCCCAAGAUCCAGUGCUCCAUCGAGAAGUGCGUGGACAAGUGCAACAACGAGUUCGACUUUAACGGGGACUGCCAGGCAUGCAUGAUGCAGACGUGCAACUUUGCUACCUCUUGCACCCCUGACAAGUCCGCGGCGGCACCAGUGGAUGCUUCCUUGCUCAAGGAGCUUGUCACCCUCGCCAAGACAAAGGACCCUGUUGCGGAGCCUGCGGCGGUUUGCGUGUCCAACAGGCCCGAGAUGAAGAGCUGCGGGGCGGAGUGCUUCAGCCACAGCGACGUGGCAUCUUGCUCAGCCGACUGCCUGGAGCAGAAGGGUGAAAGCUCCGUUUGUGCGCAGUGCUAUGGUCCCAAGAUCCAGUGCUCCAUCGAGAAGUGCGUGGACAAGUGCAACGACGAGUUCGACUUCAACGGGGACUGCCAGGCAUGCAUGAUGCAGACGUGCAACUUUGCUACCUCUUGCACCCCCGACAAGUCCGCGCCGGCACCAGUGGAUGCUUCCUUGCUCAAGGAGCUUGCCGGUCUUGCGAAGCCCAAGUCCGGUUCUGACGUACUGUACCCAUAG